AUGAAACCAGAGAUGUUAUUAAAGAUUAAAGAGGAGGUCACGAAACAUAUCGAUGCAGGUUUUCUUCAGGAGGAAAAAUAUCCUGAGUGGGUAGCCAAUAUAGAGUCGGUUCCUAAAAAUGAUGGGAAGGUUCACAUGUGCGUAGAUUACCGAGACCUUAACAAAGCUAGCCCAAAGGACAAUUUUCCAUUACCUCAUAUAGACACCCUGGUGGAUAAUAAUGCGGGGCAUUCAUGGUUUUCCUUCAUGAAUGGCUUCUCAGGGUACAAUCAGAUCAAAAUGAACCCUGAGGACAUGGAGAAAAUGAAGUUUAUAACCAUGUGGGGAACUUUCUACUACAAAGUAAUGACAUUCGGGUUAAAGAAUAUUGGGCUUACUGAUAAAUAUAAUCCGAUAUUCAAAUUACUCAAAAAGAAUAAUCCUGAGGUAUGGAAUAACAAAUGCCAUCAGGCUUUGGAAGUUAUCAAAAGAUUGGCUAGAUGGCAGAUAUUGUUAUCCGAGUUUGAUAUUGUCUAUGUGAGUCAAAAGGCAAUAAAAGGGAGCGUUAUAACACAUUUUCUUGCAAGUCGUGCCUCGGAGGACUAUGAGUCUCUAAACUUCAAUUUCCCAGAUGAAGAUUUAAUGUGCAUUUCUACCGAGGAUGAGAGCUCCGAAGGCAACAAAUCUUGGAUUUUAUACUUUGAUGGUGCCUCUAACGCUUAA